AUGGGCUCUCGUCUUGAUACCAAAUCCGGAGAGGUGCGCAAGCGCAUCGAGAAUCAUGAAUUUCACGAUGAAGCCGGCGAGGAAUACGAAGCCUCCAGCUUCGGCGGCUUUGGAGACUAUAUGCGCCGCAAGAAAAUCAAGCUUCAAAACCUCGAUGCCGAAAUCCGGGCGACAUCUCAAGAUUGCCCCCCGAUAUUCCGUGGCGUGGUCGCCCACGUCAACGGCUACACCCAACCUUCCCUUCAGGAUCUGCACCGUCUGAUUGUGAGCCAUGGCGGUGGUUUUCUUCAAUAUCUGGAUGGCAAAACGGUCGCAACCCAUAUUAUUGCCAGCUCUUUAACGCCCAAGAAACGCGAGGAGUUCCGGCGGUACCGCAUUGUGAAGCCCGCGUGGGUGACAGAAAGCAUCAGGGCUGGUCGUCUGUUGCCAUGGGAUGGAUUCAGGGUGGUGGAUGAGGGACAGUCUCAGAAAGUGCUCAAGUUCGGCGACGGUCGGUUUACCAGUCAAACCAAUACUCCUCGCAGUGGGUACAAAGACCAGUCCAAUGUCAGCUGGUAUAAUUCCCAGUUGAGAACGAUGGGGAUGCCCAACGAAAGUCCAGACGCCUCACGCAUAUCGGCAGCUACUCCAGUAACACCUAGUGUGGCUCGUGACCCAGCCUCUCAGUCGGACUAUGGCGACUUUCCUAGUUUCAGCGUCGACGAGGAUCCACAGCAACCUUCUCCUCAGCAACGCCAGAUGCCAGAGACCGCCAAAAGUUCCGAAUCAACACCCAUGCACUCCGAUCAUGGUGGAAGUACACCACCACUAGAAACAAAUAAUGUCGAGACGCCUUUACCCGCACCCAGUCCCCCGAGGCCCGAGUUGACGUCCGAAGAAUAUAAUGCGCAGCUUUUAUCCGACCCUCGAAUGCAAAAAUCCAGUGUUGCCAACCCGGAAUUUAUCCAGCAAUACUAUAGGGAGUCUCGUCUUCAUCACCUGUCCACAUGGAAAGCUGAGCUGAAGGCUCAACUUCAAGCGGCAACUAUGGAAAAAUCGCAACAUCGAAAAUCUCCCAAGAACCUUGCUCCUGGAUCCAGGCGUUACAUCCUACACGUGGACUUUGAUUCUUUCUUCGCCGCUGUUUCUUUACUGAAGCACCCCGAGCUCCGAGAAAAACCUGUUGCUAUCGCUCAUGGGACAGGAUCCGGCUCCGAGAUUGCUAGCUGCAACUACGCAGCACGCGCACAUGGCAUCAAAAAUGGCAUGUGGAUGAAGGGGGCGUUACAGAUGUGCCCCGAACUCAAAAUCUUGCCCUACGAUUUCCCUGCCUACGAAGAUGCGAGCCGUAAAUUCUACAGUUCCGUCCUCUCUGUUGAUGGCACGGUGCAGAGUGUGAGCAUCGACGAAGCUCUAGUUGAUGUCACCAACCAGUGUCUAGAGGCCGGUGGCUCUGAUGGAAGAGGCAUAUCGGAAGGAUCCAUUUAUCGCGAACAAGCCAAGGCCGACGAAAUCGCUGCGAACUUGCGCGACUCCAUAAAGGAGAAAACGGGAUGUGCCGUCUCGGUGGGGAUAGGCGGCAAUAUCCUGCUUGCCAAAGUUGCCUUGCGAAAAGCGAAACCUGCCGGCCAGUUCCAGUUAAAGCCUGACGAUAUCUUGGAAUUUAUUGGAAACCUCACAGUCCAAGAUCUUCCUGGUGUGGGUCACAGUCUGGGCUCCAAACUGGAAGAGCUCGGUAUCAAGCUCGUCAGAGACAUCCGAGAGACCCCCAAGGAUAAGCUAGUCUCGAGCUUGGGACCGAAAACAGGCGUCAAAAUGCAUGAGUAUGCUCGAGGAAUCGAUCGAACAGAAGUUGGAAACGAAGUCAUGAGAAAAUCAGUCUCAGCCGAAGUCAACUGGGGCAUCCGGUUCGUCAACCAAGUCCAAGCAGAAGACUUUGUGCGAUCCUUGUGCGAGGAGCUGCAUCGCAGACUGGUGGAGAAUCUGGUCAAGGGUAAACAGCUUACCCUCAAGGUCAUGCGAAGGUCGAUGGAUGCGCCCCUUGAACCGGUCAAGCAUCUCGGUCAUGGGAAAUGCGAUGUGUUCAACAAGAGCGUGGUCAUUGGUGUCGCCACCAAUGCAACUGAUGUCCUCGGGAAAGAAGCCGUCUCGAUGUUGAGAAGUUUCAGCUUUUCUCCGGGUGACUUGAGAGGACUGGGAGUGCAAAUGACCAAACUGGAAUCACUAAAGGCUGGUGGUUCUUCAGAGACGCUUGCAAGCAGUCAACGACAGCUUAACUUUCAGAAAUCACCGCCCCGCAAGGAGAUCAAAGCCACUCUGGAUCCUGAUGAAUUAGAGAGUCCCCACAAGGGUGAUUUGACUCCGAUCCGAGUCGACCCACUGCUCCGCAACAGCGCUCACAAGCCUCUAAACAUGUCCGGAUCGCAAUUCAUUAUGCCCACUCAAGCAGAUCCCAAGGUCUUGUCUGAAUUACCGAGUGACAUUCGGUCCAGACUUGUAUCUCAGGCAAAACCCCGGCAGGAGGAGCGCUCUGGAUCUCCGUGUCCGCCUCCACGUCCAGAGCGAUCACCAGCAACUGCAGACCUUCCUCCAGAGUCCCAAUUGGACCCCGAAGCACUGGCCGCGCUGCCAGAAGAUGUGCGGAACGAAGUAUUGGGCUAUUACAAGCAGGUACCAACAUCCGCACAACCUGCACCGCCUCCAGCUGCUACAGCUGCUCCAACAUCACGCCCCACAACCUCCGGGUCUCUCAGAGUGAGAAAGCCGGCCUCUCCGCCCAAGAAGAAGCGCGGUCGUGCUCCCAAGACAGCCUUCGGCGAUGGUAAUAAGACCCUAGCGCAGUCGACUUUCGUCCUUCCCCGACCAAGCACUUCUUCUGGCAAUACAGACGAUGAGACCACUUCCCGACAGCAGUCUCCUACCGCAGAGGACCAACCAGAAGUAUCCGCCGAGUUUCUCGCUGCGCUACCCGAGGAUAUCCGCCAAGAAGUUCUCGAGGAACAAAAGCGUGCGCGCAUGUUCCAACGCCCGGUCCGCAAACCACCGCCCCAAGUUCAAGCACCCGCCAUUGCACCACCCACGAUCGAGAAGCGCGUUUCCCUCGAGCCUCUACAGCCACGACCCGUCUUCACCUCGCAGAGACUAUCAACCCUUCCAGAUCUCCGAAAUGCAGUCGGCUCUUGGUUCGCCGCCUUUGCGGAUGACGGUCCGUUCAGCGACGAUGUCUCCUCGCUUUCUACAUACCUCCACCGCGUGACGAGGGAAGAGAAAGAUCUUGACAAGGCUGUUUCGGUGGUGAGAUGGCUGGUCUGGCUUGUCGGUGACCAUAAUCGUUCACAGGGAUCUCGACGUGUCGGAGCUCAUCCCUCUCCAGAAACGAUGACUUGGUCUGAGGCCAUUGCAAUGAUGCAGCAGACUAUCCAGACUGCUGUGGAGGAGAGGGACAUGCCGCCUGUGGAUUUUGACUAG